AUGGUCAACGUAUUCCAACGCCUCACUCGACGCCGGGCCCAAAGCUCCGGCAGUAGCCCACCGGACAUAGACGCAGAUACUACUGGCCCCAAUUCCGCAGCAUCGCAUCCUCACGGAAUAUAUCGGACAGUGAGCACGAACUCUGGCAAACGAAGCUGGCGAUAUGAAGAGCCAACCCCCCGGCACCUUCUCCUGAUCUCCGACACCGUGGAGUUCGAUACCCACGUUGUCCACCGUUUUCAGGGGGAAGGAUUCGAUGUGAUCUAUAUUUCCUUCCUCGGCAGUGGGGAUGAAGAGAAGGAUGCAAAAGCGUUGAAGAAUGCGGUGCACGAGAAAGAAGACGAACUAGAGAAUGGAGAGCGGUAUGCGAUAGUCGCAUACCACCGACCCGCCUACCUCCUCCUAGCCUUACACCACACAUUAUCCAGCAACACAAACCCAUUCCCGCACCUGUGCGCCUUGGUAGUCUACUACCCCCUCUCCUCAACAGACCAAUUUACCUACAAGGAAAAAGAAAACUGCGAGCCACCAGGCUGCUCAAGCACAAGUUCAAUCUUCGGCCCAGUUUUCAAAUCAACAUAUCUUCCAAUCCAGAUCCACAUCCCAGGCCCACGAGUCCAGCCCUGCGCGCUAUGGCCAUGGAUCGGUCUGAGUGUCUCAGAAGGCGACGUCACCUACAAGAAAAAACACCGUUGCUACGUGUACACGUACCCGGGAUCUAGAGCAGGGUUCGCGGAGCGGGAAGUCCCCGAAGAGAAAGAAGGCGAGGUGGAUUGGGACUUGAACGCCGAUGACGAAAUCAGCUCGCAACUAGCGUGGAGUCGGGCACUGGGGUGUCUGAGACGCUCAUUCAAUGUCGGCAGUCACUGGGCUGUUAUUGAUAUUGAAACAGUCUGGGAAGAGUACUGGGACCAUGUGCUCGGCGAGCUGGAGUUGCGGAAACGGAAUUUGGAAGGUUCUGGCUCUGAGCCUGCGGUCAGGAUGUUGACUGGUCACGGCCAUUAUGGUGAGAUGGGGUGUCCGGCUGGCGAGGUGUUCGUGAAUUGUAUUCCAACUGACACAGGGGGCUCUGACAUCUCAACUCUGAGAGAUUUCUUCACUCAUACGUAUAUCCCUGCUGGACCGGUUGAUCAGCAUAUCCGUCUUUUGUCGCGCACUGUAGGUGUGGACCGCAUCGUGGACGAGAUGUUGUUCGCUUGUCGGCAUACUGCUGAGAUUCCAUGGCUACUCCCUGGCGUUUCGCCGACAAAUCGAGAGAUCAAGGUCAUUGUUGUUGUGGUGGCAAGCUUCAGCGCUGGCCAUAUUACACGGCAGAGUCUUUAUUGGGACCAGGCCGGUGUGCUUGUGCAGGUUGGCUUGUUGGAUCCGGGACUUGUGCCAGUGUCAAAAGCCGCUAAAGGCUACUGA